AUGUGCAAGGGCGCCGAUACCCAGGACGAUGGGAAAAUAGCAACGGAGUCUCAUGUUUCUAUGGAAGGCAACCUAAGCGAACCAUCAACUUCUCUCAGCCAUUCCGCGUGUUCAACAGCACCCUCAGUUGGAAGUGAGGAAACAAGCUCAUGGCAAGAUGGAAAGGGUAAAAGCCACAACGGAAGUAUAGAACCCCAGACGACUCCGGUGGAUCUUCUGAGACCUUCAGCUGACAAGGCCGCCGGAAACAGAACAAAUGAACCCCUUGAUCUUCAGCACUGCGUAGUCGUCCAAGGCCUAUCGGAGUCGAAUGCUCCUACCCCGAAGGAGAGGAUAUCGGCUGACCUUAAUACGCUUCAACACCUACUGAACAAAAUGCUUAAUUCAAAUGAAAAGAUAACCAUUCGCGCAGCCAUCAGGAUCGGAAAGAAGGUGAGCGAACAAUCGGAAACUGUGCGGCCACGACCUCUGAAAAUUGUGUUGAACAGUAAAGAGGAGGCUAGCCUACUUCUGUCCAGGAAAAGCAGCCUCCGAAACUCUCACAAGGAAGUUUUUUCAGCCGGACUAUUCUCCAGCGGAACGUCUGAAACGCCGCGAAUUGGUAACGGAGCUGAAGAGGAGACUUGCAGCGGGAGAGAGCAACUUGGCCAUUUUCAGGGGACGAGUGAUACAGAGGAACGCGAUGUUGUUUUGGAACCAGCCAGUCAUCAUGAUGGCGGCAGCAACAUAAUAUUGGCAAAGCCGAGACAAACCGAACGAAGCACUGUCGAAUGUUGCAAACUAAAAUUAUUUUACACCAAUGCUCAGAGUCUGUUUUCCAAGCUUGACGAACUGAGAAUACAGGUAGCCGAUACUCCUCCCGAUGUUAUAGCAAUAACAGAAACGUGGCUGUCAGAGGACGUUGGUGAUUGGGAGGUAGCAUGA